CACAUCACAAGUCGGAACUAAUAAAUGUCCUUUUAAUCCAGACUCAAACCAAUUGUCCGUAAAAAGAAAAUAAUCUCAGAGUUGCGCACCGCUGCAGUUGUAAACAAGAACACGUGAGUGACGUGACUCUGUGGUGUGUUCAGGGACAGUACGGACACACAGACACACACACAGACACACACACACACACACACACACACACACACACACACACACACAGACAAAUGACUCCACAGAUAAACACUGACGCAGAGCCACAUAUUAGGAAAUUUAUCUGUCUGUAAAUUGGAUUAAAUGAACAGAAUGUAGAGAGUCUAAGAUUUAUAACGAGGUAUAACAUGAUUACGUGAAAUAUUGGCCCCUAUCAGCAAGCAUAUCGGCCGAUAAUAUCGGCCAACCGAUAUAUCGGUCGGGCUCUAAUGUGUAUGUGUGUGUGGAGUCUGAGUUUUCUGUAACCCUCUCUCUCUCUCCUCAGAGCCAUGAUACAGUGCAGCCUCCAGUCUUAGCGUGCACGUGACUCGGGAGCGUGCACGUGACUCGAGGGCGUGCACGUGACUCGAGGGCGUGCACGUGAGUCGAGGGCGUGCAUGAGAGUCUGAGAGUGCACCUGAACUCACUGAAAACAAGAAGAAGAAAAAGAAGAAGAAGAAGAUGGGCUUCGGCCAAGACUUGAGGAACUGUCACGAGAGUCUGCUCAAACUGCAGGACUGGGAACUGAAGCUCCUGGAGACGGUGAAGCGUUUCUUGACUCAGAGGGUGAAGAGCGAUAAAGAAUAUUCAUCUCUGUUACUGAGUCUGAGCCAAAGUCCCCCCCAAGAACAGGACUACACCAGCCCCAGCACCAAGUCGUGGUCUCAGGUGGUGCAGCACACUGAAGCUCUGGGCAGGAUCAUGAAGACUCACGCAGACGAGCUGAACUCUGGACCUCUGCACAAACUCACCACUCUGAUCCGAGACAAGCAGCAAGUCAAGAAGACCUACCAGAACCUCCACCAGAACCUGGAGAGCCAACACCUGAAGGUGACCAGGAGCGACCUGGAGAAGUUGAAAACGACGUAUCGUCAACUGAGCCGAGACGCCAACGCCGCCCGCGACAAGUACAGAGACGCCCUGAGCAAAGGGCGCGAGGCGGAGAAGGCGAGGGAUCGUUACGACAAAGCGUUGGCGAAGCUUCAUAACGUUCAUAACCAGUACGUGCUGGCGGUGGGCGGGGCCAGGACUCAACAGGAAGUGCAUCACAACAGCUCCGCCCCCUCGCUCCUGGAUGCCCUCCAGAAGCUGCAGGAGGACAUGACGCUGGCGCUGAAGUGCAUCCUGCAGGAGUACUGUGACAUCAGCAGCCUCGUCACGGACGACAUUUCCAAAGUUCAUCAGGAAAUCUGUGAUGCCGUCAAUCAGAUCGACCCAGAGACCGAAUACGAGCCGUUUAUCCUCAAAUACAGGUCGGAGGCAGAGCCUGAGCCCACGGUGGAGUUUGAUUCGUCGCUUUUGGAGGAAACUGAAAACCUCCAGGCCAACGAGAUUCAGUGGAACACCCUGACCGCCGACAGUCUGCAGGCUCUGUUGGCGUCCACUCUGGAGGAGUUGACUGUGACGCAGCAGAACCUUCGAACCAAAGAGUCUCUGGUUCAGGACCUGGACUCAAAGAUCCAGACGAGUGAAGUGAGCGCGCUCAGACCGAGCGACUGUGUGCAGCUCCUGAAUCAGAAGUUGUCUCUCUUGGAGCUGCGACAGACCGUCCAAUCACUGCGCAGCUCCGAGGCCCGCCUCAUAUCCCAGAAGGCUUUGCUGGACGCCAAGAUGGCCACCGGAGCAUCCCAAGCCCCGCCCCCUCCUCCACUGGCCCCGCCCUAUGAAGACGACACGCGCUCAGUCAGCUCCGCCGAGAGGAAGGACAAGAGUUCUCGCUUCGACACGCUCAGAUAUUCUCUCGCCGGAAUCAUCAAUCGCUCGCCUAAACUGCACAGCUCCUCCUCCUCCCAGUUCUUCGAUGUGAUCCCUCUGUGUGAGCGCCCCCUGGUGGAGCAGGAGUGGUAUCACGGGGCCAUUCCGCGCACCGAGGCUCAGGAGCUGCUCCGAGCUCAGGGAGACUUCCUCGUACGAGAGAGUCACGGAAAACCUGGAGAGUACGUCCUGUCUGUGUACUCCGAAGGACAGAGGAGGCACUUCAUCAUCCAGUACGCUGACGGUCAGUAUCGUUUCGAGGGCACCGGGUUCCCGUCGAUCCCUCAGCUCAUCGAGCAUCAUGUGACCUCCAGACACGUCAUCACCAAGAAGUCCGGGGUGGUCCUGCUCACGCCCGUCGCCAAGGACAAAAAGUGGAUCCUGAACCACGAGGACGUGACCCUGGGAGACCUGCUGGGGAAGGGGAACUUCGGCGAGGUUUACAAAGGCGUCCUGGUGCGAGACAAGACGGCCGUCGCUGUGAAGACCUGCAAAGAAGAUCUGCCCCCCGAGCUCAAGAUCCGCUUCCUGUCUGAGGCGCGGAUACUGAAGCAGUACGAUCACCCGAACAUCGUGAAACUGAUCGGAGUUUGCACCCAGAGACAACCCAUCUACAUCGUCAUGGAACUGGUCUCAGGGGGAGACUUCCUGUCGUUUCUGAGGAAGAAAAAAGACGAGUUAAAAACCAAACAGCUGCUUCGCUUUUCCAUCGACGCUGCAGCCGGGAUGUCCUACCUGGAGACGCACAACUGUAUACACAGGGACCUGGCGGCUCGUAACUGUCUGGUGGGGGAGGGGAAGGUGCUGAAGAUCUCAGACUUUGGGAUGAGUCGACAAGAAGACGACGGAGUUUAUUCUUCAUCAGGACUCAAACAGAUCCCCAUCAAAUGGACCGCCCCCGAGGCCCUGAACUACGGUCGGUACAGUUCGGAGAGCGACGUGUGGAGUUACGGUGUGUUGCUGUGGGAGACCUUCAGUUUGGGGGUGUGUCCUUAUCCUGGGAUGACCAAUCAGCAGGCUCGAGAGCAGGUGGAGAAAGGUUACAGGAUGUCCCGCCCCCAGCGUUGUCCUGAGGAAAUCUUCAAAGUGAUGCAGAAAUGUUGGAGCUACAACCCGGAAGAACGUCCACGCUUCAGCCAGAUCCACCGAGACCUGAGCCAGGUCCGACUCUGACCUGAACCAGGACCAGGACCAGGACCAACCCCCGAAGAGCAUCCCCACUUCAGCCAGAUCCUCCCCUGGACCUGAGCCGGGACUGAUCCAGGUCUGUGUUUGCCAGCAGCCAAUCAGAAACAGCGCUACAGGAAGUGACCUCAUCAGCUGCUUUUACCUCAAAAACACUAAAACUGCCACGAACGGACCAAUCAGAGCCAAGGACGGUCCACACGCGGCCAAUCAGGUGCUUCCUCUCCCUCCACAGACUUUAGUCUUUUAUUUAAAUAAAUUUACUCCAGAUGCCCUCCCAGAGCGAGUCGACUCCACCAGCGGCUCCUGGUUAAAGUGCAGUUGUCUCUGAAACAAUGAAAUGAUCCAAAUCUAAAACACCUGUCACCUGCCACCUGCACCUGUCACCUGCACCUGUCACCUGCACCUGUCUCUGCUCCUCUAAGAUUUUAAAAACACGAAUCUCCAAAUGUGGAACUUUGAGACGAGAUGUGAAACUGAUCUGAAUGUUUGUCUCAAAUCAUGUUUUUUAAAACUUUUGUUUCUAUGAAGUGCCACAAAGGACUGAACCGGGGCCGAACCGGGGCCGAACCGGGACCGAACCGGGACCGAACCGGGACCGAACCGGGAUCACAUUUUGGAAACACUAUUCUGUGCGAAGUGCCCUCCUCUAACACUGUCCUUGAUCACAUCUGUGGAACUUUGGGUUCAGUUCAGACUGGACCAGGUCUGGACCAGGUCUGGACCAGGUCUGGACCAGGUCUGGACCAGGUCUGGACCAGGUUCUAACCCAUGUGAGUUUCCUGUAGCUGACCUGCCUCCACAAAGAUUAACACUUUAAAACUCUAAUUUUCCCUGUGUAAAAAAGAGCGUUUCCCACUUUCUUUGUGGAGGCCAUUUUAUAUUUAAUAUUUAACAGACUCGUCGUUCAGAAAUAUUUUUAAAAUGGUGGAUUCUGUUUUUGUGCCUUUAAAACUACAGUAUUUUAUUUGAGCAGUUUUGGACCAAUCAGAGCUGUCGCCAGGCAGACUGAGGAGGGCGGCUCCUGAUUGGUCGUUUUCUACUGAGUGUAAAUACAGUUUGUACGUUUUCUACGACACUACUCACGCUUCAGUCUGUGUAACACUAAGUAUUAUCAUGCUCUUAUUCUGAAAAUAAACUCACUACGGUUU